AUGGCAACUACUUCUAUAGUAAAUCAUAACAAACAAAAAAAUUUUUAUAAAUUAUUAUCUUGUGGUUCUAUUGUUCCAGAAAUUCAUUAUGCAAUCAAUUAUAUGUACAAAAAAAUUACAAAUAAGAAAGGAACAACAUAUUCUGGAAAUGUUGUGUUAGGAUUUGAUAAUUUAGAAGUAACAAAUGAAUUAUUGAAGGAUGUAGAUUUUCAACCUUUCAUGGUUACUUUAGAAAAUAUAAAUAUUUUUAUUUUUGCAAUUGGUUCAGGAUGGAAUGCAAAUUGGGAUGGUGUUGGUGAAGGAUUUUGUUCAUCUUUCACAUCAAGAUUCAAAUCAGAAUCAUGUCAUUUUGUGCAAAAGAUAAUUAAAAACAAUUGCAUAAUUGAGAUCUAUAAAGGUGAUGAAUGUAUAGCAAAUUUUAGUGGAGCAACCCCAACAGAGGUUUGGAAAAAGACUGGAGUUUUAAAAAAAUACAAAGGUGAAGAGCAUUUUGGUGUUUCACAUACAGUUGUUCAGAUAUUAUUGAUAAAAAUAUGCAGUAGUCAAGCACAAAAAAAAGAUUUACAUCAUGAAUUGGAUAAUAAGAAAAGAAGAUACAGUGAAAGACAAGAUGAUGAUUCCUCUUCCUUCUCCACAUUACCAUUGUCAUCAUUUAUUAAAGUAGAUGAUUUACUAGAUGUUUUAAAGAAAACAUAUUUACCUUCUUGCCCAUUAGAGCCUCGUGAGCUCUAUGAUUACCUAAAAAAAUUUUAUGGUGAUGAAGAUGGUAAUGAAGCUAUUGGUCAAACCACAUGUAAAGAAGCACAAAGAAAACCAGAAUCUGACAAUAGCUUCAAUAACAAUAAUCCCAGAUUUGUCCCUUUGGAAAUCUCCAAUAAAAUUUUGGGAUAUGGGGCAAAUGGUAGCAUAGUGUAUAAGGGGAGAUUUGAAGGAAAAGAUGUAGCAAUAAAAAGGUUAUUGCUUGAUUAUUACAAAUUGGCACAUCAUGAAGUAUCACUACUUCAAGAAAGUGAUGAACAUGCCAAUAUCAUCAGAUAUUAUUGCACUCAACAAUGUGAAAGUUUCUUGUAUAUUGCAAUAGAACUUUGCAAAGAUUUAAAGCCCCAGAAUAUUUUGGUCAAAACUUCCAAAAAUGGGAAAAUAAGAUUGCUAAUUUCAGAUUUUGGAUUAUCUCCAGAAUUAUUGUUACUACCACAACAACCACCAAAUAAUAGAAUAACAAAAGCUGUUGACAUUUUCUCAGCUGGCUGUUUAUUCUAUUACGUAAUUUCUGGAGGUGAGCAUCCAUUUGGGGAUCGAUUUUCUAGAGAAAAAAAUAUUAUGAAUGGAAUGCAUAGGUUAAAUGGAAUUGAAGAAGAAGAAAAAGAUCUGAUCAAAGGAAUGAUUAACCUUGAUCAAUCCAAAAGGCCAGAUUCCAAAAAAGUUAUGGUACAUCCAUACUUUUGGCCAGCAUCAAAGUGUGCUGAAUUUUUAUCAGCUGUGUCUGAUAAAAUUGAUGAUGAGAGAAACCCAUCAUCCGAUUUAUUUAAAAAAUUGGAAAAAGAUGGUUGUGCUGUCUUUGAUGCGGACUGGUGCAGGAGGUUGGAUCAAGACUUGAUAUGGCACCUAAAGAAAAAAAGGACAUAUCAAGGAAAUAGGUUCACAGACUUAAUGAGAGCUAUAAGAAACAUGUUCAUUGAGUUUGAGAAUGAAAUUACUACCAAUACAUCAGUAACAUUUAUGAAUAAUUUUAAAUUGGGAGGGUUGAUGUUACGCAUAAGGAAAGCAGUAAUUGGAGGGCCUCUUAGUGAAGCUCAAAAUGUAGCAGCAAAAAUAGCAGUAGAUAUUGUAUCAAGAAGUCAAACGUCUGUGGAAUCAGUUGCUCAAGAAGAAAAUAUGAAAGAUUCAAAAGAUAAGAGUAAGAUUGUUGACACUUCCGAAAACAAUAAUGAAGAAGAUAGUAAUACUAUUGAAGACACUGGUACUGAG